AUGCCGCCAGACAGUGAUACUAUUGUAGUAAAUACUCAGGAAAACAGACAGGAGAGCCUAGGGCCAGAGGCCCAAACUGAUAGAGAAAUGGAGAUAGAGUCUACUCCAGCUACACCUACUCAAAACCAACAAACACCUAGCGUGUUUGAAAUACUAAUACUACCACCAAACAAACGAUACGCCAACUUCUCACCAGAGAAUACCUAUAGAGGUAGAAAUCCAUACUAGAAUACCUCUAGCCUAAAACCAAUCGCUAAGAACUCUGAACAGGCAAUCUAUUGGGCUAGAGAUCUAAUCCUUCAAGCCUCUACAAUGGAAGAAUCCCACGUAGCCUAAAAUAAGCUACUAGAGCUACUAGACGUCUUUAGAGACUAUACUGAAACUGGCAGAGUAGCUAACUAAAUUAUGGAAAAGCUAUCUGCCAAACUAGCUUACCACUCAGCUACGCUGGCAAAUGCCUCCCAGCAGGCAACAAAGACGCUCAAACAAGCUACUACUAUAGCUUCUAAUAAGGCACAACCAAUAGCUAUACAAGUAGCUCAAAAACCAGCCCAAACCUCCUACGCUACAAUUGCAGCAAACAACUCAAACCAGGCCUGGAUAACAGUCCAACCAAAGAAGAAGCUAGCGCAACUAGCUAAAAAACCAGUAUCUUACUACCAGACGCUAGUAACACUAGAAGAGGGCCAAAUAACCAGCCCUCUACUAGUAAGAAAUAAGAUUAACCAAGCCUUCCAGAAGGUUGGCAUCGCUGGCCCAGUUAUCCAACAGGUAGCAACGAGUAAAAGAAACAACCUUAUCCUUACGACCACCGAAGGAUACUCAGGAGAAUUUCUUCUAAAGCAAAUCAAUACUUGGCAAAACCAGCUGCCAAUUAAGAAAGCCCAGCCUCUAGAGUCCUGGACUAAACUCGUGGUACACGGAGUACUAACAACCUUUGAUGGAGCUGAAAACCUCUAGCUUCUCCACACAGAAAUCCCAACGUAUAACAAGAACCAAACUAUUGUUGGGAACCCCUACUGGCUAUCUAGAAGCUGGAAAAGCAAGUAAACAAGCUCUAUUGUCAUAGCUUUUAAAUCCGAAGCAGAAGCGAAGAAGAUUGGUAAUAGAAUAACAAUACUUGGCCAAUCGCUCCGGGUUGAGAAAUACCGCUAAAUCCCA